UUUGGUUGGUUCGUGUUGAAAGUGGUGUUCGCGGUAAAUUUAUCCCAAAUAAUGAGUGGCAGUUGGUUUUCUGGAUUCGAGGAUUUCGACGAAGAUCUCGUUAUGAUACCUGAGAUUGUUGAUAUUGCAACAGAAAGAUUUCUGCACGAUGAAUGUUUGUCGCAGCUAGCACUUGAGAUCAGAAUAGAGCCUCAAUCAAUGAAUCGGAGACGAAUGACUGUACGUGUGGCGCCGAAGGAAGAAGUUUUCAGCAAGCCAGGAUGUAACUGUGAAAAAAUGAAUCUGGAAUUGAAACGACAGCAUAAUUUGCAUAGGGCAUUCGAUAAAGUUAGAGAACACUUGGUCGAGAUGCGACCAGUGAACCCGUAUCCCACAUAUGCACGAUAUUCGAAGAAAUCUUUCGAUGAAUUUGGUCCUACUGGGAGAGCUCCACCAAUGCGAUCGUUGAGCGUUGAUAGUGCCACAACAGCGCAUCAAUUUGAAGAUAUUAUGCAACCUUCUCAAGCCUCGUUCUCGCACCAAACUCUUUCUGAGCACGUCAGCGAUAUCGUUUCGCAUCGAUCUGAUCAAUAA